AUGCGUGGGAUAAUUUUACUGUUUAUUUACACCGCAUGGGCGUCCGACCUCACAGAGUACUAUGAUAAGCGAUUCAAGAUCCUGCAAGAGGAAGCCGUUUUAUCGGUCGGCGGAGGCAUAACCCUGAGCGAUGCGGAAGUUGCGGUCAACGACUGCCUGAUGGGGCACAAGUUCAACGAAAUCGACUACUGGUUCGACCACCCGAGAUACUUUAACAGUUCGCACAGCUUCUUCGCAUACAAAGACAGCAUCCGAACCUCCAAAGUGUACAGGAUAAUAAAGGACAUGCCAAAAGGGGCCGCGCUUCACGUUCACGACAUGGGGCUUCUAGCCGCCGACUAUAUGAUGAACGUAACCUAUCUCGACAAUUUGUAUGUCUGCUUUGGUAGUGACGUACAAUUUGUUUUCGCCAACAAAACCCCCAACGCUCCCUGCGACGGUCAAUGGCAGCUCACGGCAGACGCAAGGAACUCCUCGAAAAAUCUGACCGAGUUCGACGCCGAACUGAGGAGACAUUUCACAUUAGUAACAAACGACCCAGACGCGGUCUACCCAAGUAUUGAAGAAACGUGGGCUGCUUUCAUGCAAUACUUUAAAACGGUCGUCCCGCUACUUUCGUACAGGCCGGUGUGGGAGCAGUACUUCUAUGACGCUCUUAUGAAGUUCAGAGAAGACAACGUCAUGUACGUAGAAGUGAGGAGCAUCCUCCCUAAUCUAUACGAACUGGACGGAACGAUCUACGACCCGUUGAUCACGGCGAGAACCUACACAAAGGUGAUAAAGAAGUUCAUGAAGGACUACCGCGACUUUGCCGGCGCGAAACUAAUAUACGCACCGUCGAGGCACGUCAGCCGCGAGAAAUUGGAGGAGUAUAUCGUUCUAGCGGAGAAGAUCAAGCGAACUAUGCCCGAAGCUUUCGCCGGAUUCGAUCUGGUGGGGCAGGAGGAUUUGGGCACCCCGUUGAUAGCGUUCGUGCCGCGGCUUCUCGAAAUCGCGCCGCAUCUGAACUACUUCUUCCACGCGGGCGAGACGGACUGGUACGGCACUCUGACGGACGAGAACCUUGUCGAUGCGAUGCUGCUCGGAGCAAAGCGUAUAGGCCACGCGUACGCGCUCCCCAAGCACCCGGUGAUUCUGCGCGAAGUGCUCAAGAGGGACAUAGGCCUUGAGAUCAACGUGAUAUCGAACAGUGUUCUAUCGUUAGUGCGCGACACGAGGAAUCAUCCGUUGAGUUCGUUCCUCGCGCAGGGGCUACCGGUGGUAUUGUCUAGCGACGACCCCGGGGUAUGGGAGGCGGAUCCAUUGUCUGAAGACUUUUACGUAGCAUUCGUCUCUGUAGCCAGUAGACUGUCCGAUCUCAGGAUGCUCAAACAGUUGGCCAUUAACUCGUUAAAAUACAGUGCCCUCGACACCGAAGCCAAGUUCCGCGCCCUCCGCAACUUCCACUUUAAAUGGAAUGAUUUCGUGCAUAAUUUCAAUUGUUCUGUUUAC